UUUUGAAUACUUUAAUCUCAAAAAUCUUUUGAAUUAAAAAAAAAAAUGUUAUUUUCACUGUUAAUUUAAUCACUUUUUAGCUUCAUUUUUGAUGAUUGUAGGUUUUCUAGGGCUUAUUUUCUUUUCAGUGAGUACAGUUUUAGAAGUGACUCCAAAAACUUCAGAAGAUAGAAAGAAAAUCAUCAAUUUAAGAUGGGUAGUCAACAGUUAUGCUUAAAAUGGAAGAAUCAUCAUAACAAUAUUAUUAAUAAUUUUGAACAGCUGCUAAGCACCGAAGCUUUGGUAGAUAUGACGCUCGCUUGUGAAGGUCAAAUUAUGAAAGUGCAUAAAGUUGUACUUUCUGCUUGUAGUCCAUUUUUUCAAAAUUUACUUUUGGAGAAUCCGUGUCAGCAUCCCAUUAUUAUAUUAAAUGGAAUUAAAUAUACAGACCUCAGAACAAUUAUUGAAUUUAUGUAUCAUGGUGAAGUUAAUAUUAAUCAAGAUCAGUUAAAUACCCUUCUGCAGACGGCAGAAAGCUUAAAAGUCAACGGUCUGACAGAAAUAACGCCAGAAAAUGGAUCAAACGAUGAGCUGGGCAUAGCAGAAGUCAAUGAUGAUCUAUCUAACCAUAGCUAUCAUUCGGAUGCUAAAUCUACAGGAAACAGAAAGAAAAAACGAAAAUCAACCUGUAAUAAUUUUCACAAUAAUUACUCUGACGAACAAAUUUCACCUAAAAUUGAACCACCUAUUUCUCCAGAAUUGAUCGAUGUUACACCAGAUAUUGUCGUAGAAUCAACUUCCAUCAACAAUAGACCAAUGCCAGCUAAUUGUGUGCAAAAUCAAUAUCCUACACAUUCGGUAUGUAAUUCCAUAACUGCAUGUGAUAGCAUUACAGAUUCAACAGCUCGUCCAGUUUCGGCCCUACAUUCAAUGACUCCUAGUGGAUCUAUAGAAUUACCUUCAAACGUUAACAUAAAGAUAUCAGAACAAUGUGCAUCCACUGAUGAUAAUUCACCUAAUUUAGAGCUUCACAGUUCGACUGGCGAACAAACUGCAAGUCAUCAGUCAGUGUUUUCCCAAUUGGCUAUUUCAUCAGUCAGUAUAAGUGAAAGCCCACUUCAACCUUCCAAUAUAAUAAUGAAUACAGAUAAUCAGCUUACAUGUGAAUUGCCCGGUCCCAGUAAUUAUUUGCAGCUUUCCGUGCGGCAGGAGGAUCAACAGCUAGUGAGGAAGAAAGAAAAAUACAUAGCAAAUGUAUAUACAUCUCAAUCUAUAAAUAUGGAAGAUUCUUUAAAAAAUCUUUGUUGUCCAUAUUGUAAAAAAGUCUAUUCUCAAAGUUCGAGUUUAAAAAGACAUAUGGAAAUUCAUAUGCUUGAAAGAAAGACUUAUAGAUGUUAUAUUUGUCAGAAAAGAUUUUCCUGGAAGAAUUAUCUUCAUUUACAUCUUAAAAGAGAUCAUGGUUGGAAAGACCACCAAACAAAUAUGUUGACCGGAUUCGAAGAACUUCUCACUUCGGAAGCGUUAGUCGAUGUAACUUUAGCGUGCGAAGGACAGAGUUUGAGGGUCCACAAAGUGAUUCUUUCGGCAUUCAGUCCGUUCUUUCAGAAGUUACUCUUAGAAAAUCCUUGCAAACAUCCUAUCGUUAUCUUAAACGGCAUCAAAUAUACGGAACUCAGGACAAUCGUAGAUUUUAUGUAUCGCGGAGAAGUAAACGUUAAUCAAGACCAGUUGACCGCCCUGCUACAAACUGCCGAAAGUUUAAAGGUCAAAGGGUUGACGGUGGAGAGUGGGCAGACGGGUGGUAAAGAUUCCAUAAGUUCUCUACAAGAAUCCCAUCCCGUCGAUCAGAACGUAAAUUCUACUUCUAUUUCGUCGACGGACGAACAGAAAAGAAAUUAUCCUCAUUUGAAAAGAAAGCGACACAGUCGCGUACACCACAAAGUACACAUUGCUGCCAGUUCGACGGGUAGUGAGAGCGAAGAUCAAAUAUCCAACGUGGAAUUGUCGUCGGUAGAACUCGCUUACGUCACUCCGGAUGUCACCACCGAUUCGAAUACCGUAUAUCCUACUAUAGUGUCGACUCACAGUCAAGCGGAUUUUAUCUCCCAUUCCUUAUUUAACGCUAACAUGAACGAAAGUAACGAAGUCAAUACGCAGAAUAAUUUCGUAGCCUCCACGAAAUCCGCUGUCAACGACGAAUCCUCCAACUGUAUACUCGAGACGAAGUCGGAAGACGAGAAAGAAAUGGAAACGAAAUGCAAUCAGAAUUUUGGGAAUCUAGAAAAUAAUUCACCCCUACUAUCACAGUUAUUAGUUCAGACUCAUCCGUCUGCAGGGGAAAAAUCCAACGUCAGUUAUUCCGAACAUAACAAUUGCGAGAAGCAUUAUGUGGCAAACAACGUGUCCUGUUCCGAAAAUAGCCCGUGUAAUGAACAAUUAACGUCUGUCGAAACGAAUAAUGCAGAAACUAAUGAAAUCAAACCUCUAACAUUCAGAUCUCCAUAUAAUAGUGGAAGAAAAGUGGCAUUCGAAGAGUCGUCUGUCCAUCCACGAUGCCCCUACUGUAGGAAAAUCUAUUCGAGAUUAUCGAAUUUGAAGAGGCACAUGGAAAUACACAUGCUAGAUAGAAAAACAUACAAAUGUUACAUAUGUCAGAAGAGAUUCUCUUGGAAAACUACUCUAAGUUCGCAUCUUAGAAGAGAUCAUUAUGUUAAAAUGUUCUUUAGACCAAUGCCAGCUAAUUGUGUGCAAAAUCAAUAUCCUACACAUUCGGUAUGUAAUUCCAUAACUGCAUGUGAUAGCAUUACAGAUUCAACAGCUCAUCCAGUUUCGGCCCUACAUUCAAUGACUCCUAGUGGAUCUAUAGAAUUACCUUCAAACGUUAACAUAAAGAUAUCAGAACAAUGUGCAUCCACUGAUGAUAAUUCACCUAAUUUAGAGCUUCACAGUUCGACUGGCGAACAAACUGCAAGUCAUCAGUCAGUGUUUUCCCAAUUGGCUAUUUCAUCAGUCAGUAUAAGUGAAAGCCCACUUCAACCUUCCAAUAUAAUAAUGAAUACAGAUAAUCAGCUUACAUGUGAAUUGCCCGGUCCCAGUAAUUAUUUGCAGCUUUCCGUGCGGCAGGAGGAUCAACAGCUAGUGAGGAAGAAAGAAAAAUACAUAGCAAAUGUAUAUACAUCUCAAUCUAUAAAUAUGGAAGAUUCUUUAAAAAAUCUUUGUUGUCCAUAUUGUAAAAAAGUCUAUUCUCAAAGUUCGAGUUUAAAAAGACAUAUGGAAAUUCAUAUGCUUGAAAGAAAGACUUAUAGAUGUUAUAUUUGUCAGAAAAGAUUUUCCUGGAAGAAUUAUCUUCAUUUACAUCUUAAAAGAGAUCAUGGUGUAAAUAUUCAUAGGAAUUAAGAGAAAUGAAUUUGCACAUCUCUGAUGCAAAAGAAAAUGUGAAGAAAGGUAGCUUCCUUAUCUUUGUAAAUAUAAUUUAAUGCUUGUUACAUACAAAAAAAAA